CAAAACCCUAGUGCUCCAGCGCCGUCUGGUCUGCCCCAUUCCCACUCCGACCCCCAAAACCCUAGAGCCCCCUCGCCGCCGCCGCCAUGAUCACUGGCGGUCAGAGCUACGUCUCCGCGCCACCGGCCUUCUCCGCCGAUGGCCGCCUCCUUCUCGUAUGCUCCGGCCGCACUGUCUCCGUCUUCAGCACCGCCACAGCUAUUGUGGUUUCGGAGCUGGAGGGGCACGAGGGGGACGUCACCUCUGUGGUGGUGGUGGCGGCGCCGGCGCAGGCCAGCGCGGCGGCCAAGCUCGCGAGCUACUGCUGGACGGCGGGGCUCGACGGGGUGCUCAUCUACUGGGAUUUCGUGGCGGCGGAGGCGGUUCGGAAGGUCCAGGUCGGCCUCCCCGUCCACUCCAUGGUGGUUCCUAACAUAUACAGGUCGUCGAAAGGAGCCGUGGUGUCGACUCCGUUUGCGUUCAUCUCUGUGGAAGAUAUGAGCAAGCCGGCUAAUGAAGCAAAAGCACUGCGUGGGCAGAUGAGGAUUUAUGACCUGACGAAGGGGCGUCAAGUGGGUGGGCUCCUGGCUGAGACCCGUAAACCGGAAAAGAUUGUUGCAAGUAGUUCUGGGGAAUUAUUGGGCAUUACAAAUAAAAGAAAGCUCCAUAUAUGGAGUGUACCAACAAAAGAUUUCAAGCCUGAUAGGAUAAGGAAGAUUAAGCUUCGCCACACCAAAAACUUGACUACUUUGGCUUUCCAUCCAAGCGAGAGAAUUGUGGCUGGUGGUGAUGUAACAGGGCGGAUCUUGAUUUGGAGAGGUUUUGGAAAUGCAAAGUUCUCUGGAGAAAGCGGUGCAAAAUUGAAAGUGGAUGAAGGAAGGGAUGGUGUAAGGGGUGAUGAUGAUGCAGAUACUUGCACAACAUUGCAUUGGCAUUCAAGCAGAGUGAGGUUUCUCAAUUUUUCUUCUGAUGGAGCGCACUUGUUCUCAGGUGGUUUGGAGGGAGUUAUUGUUGUAUGGCAACUAGAUACUGGAAAGAGAAGAUAUAAACCACGUCUGGGGUCUCCUCUUUUGUUCUUUGUAGAUUCUCCAGACUCUUCCAUUUCCUGUGUGUCAUGUACAAACAACCAAGUCUAUCUUCUAAGAAUGCCUAAUAUGGAGGUGAUGAAAUCUAUUGCUGGAAUUAAGCUACCCAUUGCUUCCCCAAAGUGGGAUGGAUCUCAUCGGGUUGUGUAUGGAUUUGAUUACACUAAUAGACUUGUUGCGAUACCAACGGAAGAUUACUGCAUACAGUUCUACAAUUUGCUCGAGAACACCGAUGUUUCGGAGGUGCAAGUAUGUGAGAGGAAUUUUCAGCCUGUUGAUGAUAUAACGAUGUACAUUUCCUUAGUUUCACUGUCCAUCGAUGGCAAUUUGAUGUGCACUGUGGAUGUCAAGCUUCCUGAAGAAGAAUUAGGUGGCCUUGUUACACUGAAGUUUUGGAAUCAUGGGUCCAGUGCUGGACAUUAUUUUUUGUCCACUGUCAUUUAUGAGCCUCACAGUGAUGCUGGGGUUUCUGCUGUUGCUUUCCGCCCAGGAAGAAACAUGGCUGUUAGCUCUUCUUUUGGUGGUAACUUCAAGGUUUGGGUCCAAAGUAUUUCUUCACAAUCAAGUGAUGAAAGAAAUUAUUCUGGUUGGAGAUGCCAAUCAGUUGGUUCAUACAAGAAGAAACCUAUGACAGCGGCAGCCUUCUCAGCCGAUGGAUCUGUUCUUGCAGUUGCAGCUGAGAGUGUCAUCACAUUGUGGGAUCCUGAUAAUAAUGCGCUUGUUGGCGUCAUCGCAGAAACACUAUCGCCAAUUACAAAUCUGUCUUUCGUUGGGACAUCGGCGUUUUUGAUGUCUAUAUGUCAGAGUUCACAACCACAGGUUGCUGUAUGGAAUGUUUCAAGUCUUUCCAUGCAAUGGUCUUACAGAAUUUUUGCAGAAGCUGCAUGCUGUUCGCCUGAUGGGGGUGAAUUUGCGAUUCUUGCUCUUCUGAGCUGUCCUGAUGGAGGAACACUGCCAGAGCAAAAUGGGGUAAUAUUACUUUUUGAUGCAGAAAAUCCAAACCCUGUUGCCUCGUGGUCGGUAAAGAAGGCAAGGGGUGGCAGCAUUUCUUUUGUGAAGAGUGAUAUCUCUUUGGAUGCAAACACUACUGGUUCGAGAGAUGGAGAGGCACUGUCGCUGGUUUAUGUAAAUGGUUCUCAUGAAUAUGUCAUCUUUGAUCCCCGGAAGGAUGAAGAGUUGGUGAUUAGCAAGAGCACAGGCAAAAAGAUUAAAGCUGAAGAACCUGCACUAAUUGGGUACGCGUCAAUUUAUGGAGAGCUUCCAAAGCUGGAGUCCACGAAAGAGGUCUCAGAUAUCCCAUUUAUUCCUUCAGAUAGGCCUUGGGAGACUAUAUUCAGUGGAUCUUCUCAUGUUCUUCCACCUCUCACAAAAUUAUGUUCCACAUUCUUGUCAUCAUUGCUGGAGAAGAGAGCAGUUCGAAACGAGUGAGAAGCACCGGAGUUUUGUCUUGUCAGACAAUGGAAUACUUGCCGGCUGCAAGUGGCGGUUCAUGAGGAAACUCACUUCAACGUAACGUUAUGAAGGUAAUAGAUCUAAUGUCCAGAGGCUGCUCCUAAAGAUCUGAUGGGAGCGCCAUUGAGGAUAUUCGAGGCUGAUUGUUUACGCAAAGUACGUGUUUACAGAAAGAUCUGAUGGGAACACCGUUGAGGACACUGGGCAAAUCUAAAGCCCAUUUUGUAGCGAGACUUAGGUAUCGUCAAUCUACUGAUCGUAGCAAUUUUGUUUCCUUCAAAGCUCUACAUGUAAUUCAAACAGCAAAACUAGAAAGUUUUGGUGUGUUAUGAUGCCUGGUAACAUAGUGCUUGUUGAGGUAUCGUGACUGUUCAGCAAUUUAACAGUGCAUGACACUAGAUGAUUAUAUAAUAUAUCCUGUAGUUUGUGGCCA